AUGUAUUCAAAUUUCACUGUCAAAAAUGCCUGGUGCUGGGGUCUGCUCACCUACUCCUUGGCGCUUGGCAUGACUGCUUCAUUCGCCCAUGCCGCCGCGGAUAUGCCAAGUGCGGAUGAUCCCAGGGUGAAAGAGCAUGUAGCCAGAAAGGCAAGCUGGAUAGAGGAAGAAAACACUCUCAGACAAGACUACGAAUUCCGCCAGUCUCUGUCGCCAACGGCCAAGCAAGCAGUCGCCAUAGUAGACGCUAUCCGGCAGUAUGAGAUUGACAAUUACUGGCGUCAAGCUGGUUCAGUGGGUAGAGAAGACGAUGAAAGGUUCGCGGGCAUGAUGUUCCCCAAAGCCAGGCCGUUCAUCGUCACGACGCAACUGUGGAAAAUCAUCCAGCGCAUGCCCAAGGGCUCCCUGCUGCACACGCACUGGAACGCCAUGCUGCCCUAUGACACCGUGUUUGCCGUCCUGGACAAGACGGAAGGCAUGGUGAUAUCAGCUUCGCAGAGCCUGCAUCUCGACUUGUACCGCGAGAACGCGACACUGCGCAUUGCGCAUGUCAAUGGCUCGUCCUGCAAUAAUAACAACCAGAGUGCGAGUUCCCCAUCCAUCCAUUCGGCCAACUACGUGCCAGGCACGCAGAUCCCUCUCAGUAGAGCAGCGAGAGAGUGGCCCGGUGGCGAAAAGGCCUUUUACGCAUACCUCAAAUCCAAGGUGACUCUCAGCACGGACGCCGCUCUCCGACACGACCUCGGCGUCGACGACGUCUGGCGCAGGUUCAGCCGCUUCUUCAUCACCGCCGGCACCAUGCUCUUGUACGAGCCUGUGUUUCGUCAGUUUGUCCAGCAUCUCCUCGAGGGUCUCGCCGACGACGGCAUCCGCUGGGUCGAGCUCCGCAGCGAUGUGUCUCUCGCCGAUGUAGUCCCACUCGGAGAGUCUCAGCCCAGCCCAGACCCAGACUUUCCCUGGCGGGUACUGUCCGAGGAGAUUGAGUCGUUUAAAUCCAGCGCUAAGGGAAAGGAUUUUUGGGGCGUGAGGGUCAUAUGGGCGGAUAGACGUCGCAAUGACCCAGCCGCGGUGGUGGCAGGAAUGGAGUCACUCCUAGCUCGCAAGCAGGCCUUCCCCGAACUCUUCUCAGGUUUCGACCUUGUAGGACAGGAAGAUCUCGGCAAACCCCUUUCGAUGUGGAUCUCGGAGCUGCUGUGGUUCCGCGAACAGACCACCAAGCUUAACCUGACAGUCCCAUUCUUCCUCCACGCCGGCGAGACGGUCGGGACGGGCAACAGCACCGACCUCAACAUCUUCGACGCCAUGACACUGCCAGACAACCGGCGCGUCGGCCACGGCUUCUCUAUGUACAAGCAUCCCGAGCUCAUCAGGCAUGCCAGGGACAAUGACAUCCUAGUCGAGGUAUGCCCCAUCUCUAACGAGGUACUGCGCCUCGCCACCGACGUGCUGCACCAUCCCAUCCCGGCGCUCAUUGCGCAGGGCAUCCCAACCUCCAUCAACAACGAUGACCCGGCCAUCAUGGGACAGGACGCGCCGGGCUUGAGCUUCGACUUUUACCAGACCAUCCAGGCCUUCGACAGUCUGGGGUUGGGGGGUUUAGGCGCCCUCGCGCAAAACUCGGUCCGGUGGUCCAACUUCGAGGACCAAGACCCCGAAGCAUGGAGGCGGGAUAUCAGAUUAGGUAUCAACGGAACCGGGAUCAAGGCGAAGCGACUUCGACAGUGGAACGCCGACUGGGAGGCCUUUUGCGCGUGGAUCGUCGGGGAGUAUAUUGGUGAAUAUCCUGUGUAG